UCAAAGAAUAUGUAAAAAUUAUUCGGUGGAAGGCUAUAGUUCUGGUCGGUGUCGGUUUUCAUAAGUUGAGCUUAGUUCUGUUUUUGACGUUUCUGUUUGUAACCCGAUGCUACUUGUUGUGCUGCACAGCUUCUUAGAUCUGUAACCUAACCGCUUUCAUUUUUCAUUAGAGCAUUUGGCCAGCCAUGAUCAGUUUGGCAUAUGCAACCACCCCCACCCGUACUGUUAGUUUUUAGGGUAAAACUUUGACCUUUAAACCAAUCCCUUGGAAUUGGUUAUUUUAAGACUCUGUGGCCCAAAAAUAUAGCCUAGUCUGUAGGGGCUUUAGAAAUUGAUGGAUUUACCACCCUCCCUAUAUAUUCUGAAAUAUCCUGAGCCUUCAUUCAACUCAGACGCGUUACAAACAGCUUUGGUUUCUCAUAUUUCUCUUAGCUAACUGCAUCAAAGCCUACCAACACAUUUAUUUAUUUAUUUAUUUUGUAACUAGCUUGCAAGUGCAUUCAUCGGAGAAGAACCAUCCAUUUCGUUUAUAGGGUACUUCACUUCUCAUCCCAGGCCGAGGAAUUUAGAUUUCUUGUUGGAUAUAUAAUUUUGUGUUCGUAUGAAAUGGAGGUGGGUACUUGGGAACCGGAGUUGACCAACGUCUCCGCCUGCACCCUAUGUGUUCCGGCAUCAAUUUCCCCUGGACGGCUGCUCAGCGCCAGCGUUGGAAAGAGUCAUGCCUACCAAAAGCUGCCCCAACAGCCCCUUAAGCUCUUCGUUAUCAAAUUGGACGGCUCUAGCUUUGAGGUGGAAGUUUCGAACACGGCGACGGUGGCCGAACUUAAAGAGGCAGUGAAGGGUGUUUUUAAUCAGUCACCAAUAGAUGAAAUGAUUUCAUGGUCACAUGUGUGGGGUCAUUUUUGCUUAUGUUAUCAAGGCCAGAAGCUUCUCGAUUAUAAGGCAUAUAUCCGACUUUUUGGAAUCAAGGAUGGCGAUCAGAUAUGUUUUGUGCGGCAUGUUUCAAUUAAGUAUGAGGGCCGGGUAAAGAGACGAAUAAGGUUGUGGAGGAAAAGGAUAUAUGACAGCCCUGCCUAUGAACAGCUUGUGAUGAACAAUCAUUACACGUGACGAAUUGCCAUGCAGUAUUAGGCUUGUGGACACGAAUGCUUCCACAGAUGACAAAUCUGAUAUUCCUUCAUUCUAUUUUUUUGGUUAGUCAUUGUGUUGUUUAUAGGUGUAGUAGAUUCACAGGAAAAUUGUAAAUUGUUGAAAUAACAUGGUUCGAUUGUGACCAAAAUCGGAAUCGAUAAAUGUUUCAAGCACCAACGAUGCCAUGGAAAUUUAAUUAGGAGACUUAUAGAAGGGUAGGUAGGCGAUCAAACAUGUUGAUGAAAAUGUCUUACUCUGCAUAAUUGUAGAGCUAGCCAUGAGUUUGGAGUCACUGCAGAACUCAUUAAC